AUGGAUCCCAAUCCCCAUCCGCGACAGAUUGACCCACAAGUCCUAGCUAUGCUGACCGUCAAGCGCGACGAUGUAUGUAUUCAAUCUCUGAUCUCUCAUGCUAUCGCAACAGCCUUGCGAACAGCUGCAACUGCAGUCGAUGAGUUCCAAGCACUUAUCCCCCGCGAUGUUAGCAUACUCCCUCCAACGCUCACUCCCGUCAGUCCCACAACAACCACACUGACCCCCCGCACUCACCGCAAAGGUCGCAAAUCAUAUAAUAAAGAUCCAAACGCACCAAAGAAACCAAAUACCGCUUACAUCAUUUUCAGCAACGAAAUCAGAGCUGAGAUGAAAGCCAACAAUCCGGAAGCCAAUCAGAAAGAAUUGGUAAAGUUAAUUGGGAGCAGAUGGAAAGCUUUGUCGACUGAGCAGAAAAAGGUCUACGAAGACCGUUAUUUCGCCGAUAAGGAACGCUAUGACGAAGAGCUUCGUGCAUAUCGCGGUGCUCACGGUUCACCAUCAUCAUCUUCAUCAGCUGAAGACACCGACAUGCCCCCAAUUGUCACAACUCCCGUAGCCACUCAGAUGCCUCCUGUUGGCAAUCAACCAUUCGUCCAGACAAUCCGUCUCCCGAUUACAACGCCGCAGGCCCCAUACCAUGGGGAACCGCCUGCACAAGCGAGUAUGAUGAGCACUUUCUCGGCAAACGUUCCCGUCAACUUACCAGCGGACAAUCGAAUCGGCACUGCAGAGGCCGCAGCAAUGAAUAUAGUCGAAGUAUCGAACGUGUCCACGCAAACUAGUGUUGGUACUUCCGGCGGGAACGUACACGGCAAUGGGAAUGGGGGAAAUCAGGGUAGAAAACGCUCGUCGGCUACAUUAACUCCUCCACCCACUGAAGGCAGCACCGACAUCUCCCCUAAAACGUCUCAUCCUCCCCAUCCCCAAUCGCAACAACCGCCCCAACAAGCCCAACCAACCCAACCCGCUCCCACCGUGUUUCAUAACAACGAUCAAGAGGACGAGUCCACCGAACAGGGCCCGCCAAAAAAGAAACGCGUUACAAAGGGUGUAAAAAAAAACGCGGUAAUGGGUGGAAAAAAAACCGCGGAGACGUCUUCCGAAUCGUUAAAUUCUAGCGUGGUAAAGGAAGAAGAUGGGAGCGUGAGAAGAGGACGGCCGAAACGAAGUGGUGCUUCAGGAAAUGCUAACGGGAAUGAUGGUAAUAAGGACAAAGAUAAGCAAGAACAAGCUGGAGUAACAGGUCCUGGUGGUAGGCGUCCAAAUGUGAGAACUGCGAGAAAUCGGUCGAGUUAG